GCCGGCAAUGGGUACAUCCAUCCAUCUGUCCAUCCAGCAGCUAGAUACACAGAAUAUCAACGCACGAACACGGAGAUGAAGGCACACACAAGAGUCACACAAGGCAUGCAGGCACGCUCUAUGCAGGCAUCCAUUCACACACACACACACACAAACACACGCAUUUCUCUUUCUCUCUCUGUGCGUUCGUGCGUGUGUGUGUGUCGGCCCACCCCCAUCAGCCACCGACCGACCGACCCGACCGACACUCCUUCUUGAUGUACGUCGACACCACUGUUGCGCUGCACCCAACCACGCCACAGCCGACACGCAUCUGUGCACUCUGUCUGUCUGUCUGUCUGAAUGAGCUGCAACCGCCCCAGUGACACCGCUAAUCAGACCUGCACACACACACACACACAUUCAUUUCUGUCAGUAUGUGUGUGUGUGUGUGUGUGUACCCACACCAUUUCUGUUGCCGAGAGCCGUGGCGAAGAGGCCCACAAUCCAUGUCGCGUGGAGGCCCACCUACACAUGCACACAUACCAUCAACGUGUGUCGUGUGUGUGUGUGGGGGGGGGGGGUCUGUCAGGGUGUGUGGCUACCGAGGGGUCGAGAUUGGCCAUGAGGGAGAAGGCCAUCGUCUCGGGCACCUGCGCACACACACACACACACACAUCAGUACCCAUGUGAGUGCGUGUGGGUGGGUGUGGGUGUGCACCUGUGCGAAGCACACAAUGAGGCCGCUGAGUAUCUCCGUCUUCCAGUACUGCCACCCCUUCCCCCCUCCCCAGCCAUGCACCAGACCUGCACACACACACACACACACAUCCAUAUGUGUGUGCCGUGUGUCUAUGUGUGUACCUCUUCUCGGAGUCUGCUCUCUCUCUGUGGUGCUCCACAUGGCUGUGGGAGUGGCGGAUGGACGGCUUGAGCAAAUUAGAGUCACUGCACACCCAUCCCGUCCACACCGACACGGACACACAAAUCGAUAGAUACUCGUGAAUACACACGUACGAUGGAUCUGAUCUGCCUCUGUUGUGCGCGUGUGCGCGUGCAUGUGUGUCCCCACCCCUUCUCACCCACCUGUAAGUGUGCCAGUGUGAGGGAUCCAGCAUGACAUUCUCGCUACUCGUCGAGCGGGACAGGGGCCACCACCUGCGCGCGUGUCGACAACCACACACAAACGGGAUGGGAUCAUAUGAUCCCGUUCUUGUGCUUCGGUGAUCGCGCCUCCAAACACACAUACACGGACACACUUGUGCACAAAGAGGCGUACCUCUUCCCCUCCCCAAGUCGCUCUCGCUCACAUUCGACACAACACACACACACACAUCCGAUGCCAUUGCGAUACAGCUGGAUGGAUGGAUGGAUGGAUGGAUGGAGAGAUGGGCGGUCUGCCUACCUUGCCCAAGAGCUUGAGCUUCCGCCGACGUCUCUGCAGCCAUAGAUCAGCCACCCAAUGUCCAUAUCGCAACAACAGCAGAAACCACACAAAUAUGGACAGAUCUGCCACGAUAGGAGGUCCAUUCAUUCGGUGUGUGGAGGUGCUGGUGGUGUAGUGGUGCGGCUUACGUCGGCCAUGGGCGAGGAGAGGCUGUAUGACGGCAGCCAGGCCAACCAACACGAUGGCGGCAAGGCCGGAACGACCCAUCAUCAUCGCUAAGGGUCUGCGAACGGAGUGUGCACUCAGCUGCGGAAAGAUCUCUCCC